AUGAGAGUUCGCAUUCUCCUGCUUACAUCAGCCUUCCUCACAAGCACAUUGGCCAAUGGGCCACUUACCUACGCGGAGAACGACGAGCGAUUGGAGAAGUGCGGAAGACAGUUCCUCAGUGAGUUCAGGACUCGAAAGAGUUUCGGCAACACUUUGGCAUAUUUUAAGAUUACCAAACUGGGACCGGCAUUAACUAUGAUAAGACUGUGCUGGAUUCCGAUAUCAAGCACCUCUGGCUCGUCGGCGUUUCCAGUCAAUGUAAGCGCGGAGACUGUGGGACACCUAAGCGGAUGCGGUCUUUUCAGACUCUCCCACCCAUGCCCAUCGGACUAACAUGUCCUUGGGGAGUAUUAUCUCGAAAAGACACGUCAUCACUUCGUCGCAAGUAGUGAUCGGCACAAAUGUGACAAACGAGACACUUGUUUGGGCGUACAAUGGAGAAGCUGUCAAUCCGACGGGCGAGGAUUGCGACGAAAGAGGGAACAUGCCGGUGCCUAAAGAAGUGACCGAGUUGCUAGUCUUAAGGGCAAUGUGGUGUGAGGGUGAAACGUUGGCUUGCAAAUAUAAAAGCUUCGCAGUGGAGAGGGUACGGUAGCUGAGGAGGCCUCGCAGACACCCUCCUCGUUGUUACUCGUUCAGGCGUGGAUUCUGAACUUGUGCGGGAGAGAGAGAAGCUACCACAAAGAGGCGUCGCCGUUUCUGCUCGAACUGAAAGCCGACGAAGAAGAGAUCAAGUAUCCGUGUCUGAUCAAUGCCUCGACCGUUUUACCCAAAUUGUCUAGAGUGGACGCUUUCGGAUUGUUAUAUAAGCAGGAAAUGCACAGAGUAACUAUGUAUGCAAAAAAUGCGGCGGUACGGAUUUAUUUUCUUGUUUCGCUCUUGUUCUAACUUUUCGGUUCACAGAUUCAUUCUUUCACGGAUGAUAAGAAAUUUAUGAUAUUGACCGAUCAUCAACGCUUGUCCUUCGGGGACCGAGGAGGUCCUUUGAUCAGAAAUGAUAGUGAAACUGUGAUACUAGUGGGGAUCAACGCAGAUGGUCUGUCAGAGUACCUGUUUUCAAAGAAAAAAUGACCGUACUUUUAGGUGCUUUGCUGUACCCCAGAACCUACUAUUGGGAUUUGAGGCUCAUACAAGAGGAUUUUAAGAGAUUCGCUGGAAUCCAUAACGAAUUCAAAGGCCAGCCGCCGAGCUCCACUUCGACUGCUCUUCCGUCCACUUCUACGCCUUCCUCAACUGUUGCUCCUCCGCCCGACACGACGACCUUCCUUCCUACUUCGACUGCUCCGCCGCCCGUCCCAUCCGCUCCCUCGACUCUCGCUCCUCCGCCCGUCCCUUCGGAUCCCCCGACUGUCGCUGCUCCACCACCGACCACUCCGCAACCGACCGAACCAGUCAACCAGUCAACCAAAUCAACCAAACAGACGAAAUCUGCACCGAAAGAGCCCGCGAAGGCUACUGACGUCCCGCGAAAAGAAGGAAACGACGGAGAGAAAGAGAGUGACGAUCUGUUCGUUUCCGAGGAAUUCCUGAAUAAGAGCACAGCGAAAAGUGUCCUGAUCCUUUUCGCUUUGAGUUUUCUGAUCCAAUAA